AUGUUUCCCUCGCCUUACCUGGGCGCCGUGGGUCCUGACGCCACGCCCGGCUCUGCAGUGUACCGGCUGUCGGCACGGCAACGAGACGGGACACCUGGACAAGCACAGUACCUCCUACUGGAUGGUGGGGAGGAGUGCUUUGAGGUGGACCGUCGCUCCGGUGAGAUCAGGACCACAGGACGACCUCUGACCCCCAGUAAGGAGUACCUGCUGCGGGUGCAGGCGAUGGAUGGGAGUGGACGUAAAGGCUCGCCGACUACAGUGGCCAUCCUGGCCGGCUACCGACCGCCGCAGUUCACCAACAUCACUUACAGCCUGAACGUACCGGAGAACACAGCUGUGGGCCAACCCGUGUCACUGGUUCAGGCCAUGUCCUUCCAGAAGAAGAGUCUGUCCUACAUGCUGCUGGUGAAUCCUGGGAAUCUGUUCAGCAUCAACCAGGAGAGCGGAGCGCUCAGCCUCACCAGGACCGUCGACUAUGAGAGCGGACACAACCUGCACACCCUGCAGGUCCGCGCCUCCGAGCCCGACACGGGCCUCAGCAGCGUGGCAGAGGUGGUCGUCCACAUCACGGAUGAAAACGACUGCACGCCAGAGUUCCUCCACUCCAUCUACACCAGAGACAACGUACCUGAGAGUGUCGCACCUGGAACCUCCCUGCUGCAAGUUCUGGCCCGGGACUGCGACUCAGGUGUGAAUUCUGAGCUCUCUUACUUUGUUCACGGCGGCGACUUUGACAUCACAUCAGGUGGCGUGGUCAGCCCUGCCCGUCGCCUGGACUACGAGCGACCCAAUCACAUCUACGAGUUCGUGGUGGUUGCGGUGGACGCAGGGACGCCCCCCCGCACCGGCACCGCCUCUGUCCGCAUCCGAGUCGCCAAUAGCAACGACGAGGCGCCCGUCUUCUCCCAGAGCGCUUACAAGACCUUCCUCAGUGAGGAUGCUGGUCCGGACACGCUGGUCGCCAUCGUUCAUGCCAACGACCCGGACGGAGACGCCGUCUCUUAUGCCAUCACUGGAGGCAACGAGGACAGCAACUUCCUGCUGGACAACCAGAAGGGCAUCAUCAAGUUGCGGAGGAGUCCCCCUCCAAGGCUCAGGGGGCCGCAGUACGUUCUCAACAUCACCGCCACGGACGACAACGCGUCUGGUGGACCGUACCCGCUCAGCAGCUCUGCCCAGGUCAUCGUAGGAAUCAACGACAUCAACAACAACAAACCCGUCUUCCAGGAGUGUCAGAACUACAGUGUGAACGCGGUGGUUCUGGAGAACCAGCCACCAGGGACAUUUGUCCUGCGUGUCCAGGCCCAUGACGCUGACAUGGGGGUCAACGGAGAGGUCAAAUACGGCAUCAUGCACAGAGACGGAGUGUCAUCCGGGUUCGACAUCGAUCCUGACACCGGUGUGAUCACCACGACAGUGAGUUUCGAUCGGGAGCGUCAGAGGGAGUACACGCUGUCGGUGACAGCCACAGAUCAGGCCGAGGAGCCACUCAUCGGGAUCUGUCAGAUCACCGUCCUCAUUGCCGACCAGAAUGACAACGACCCGAAGUUUGAAAACAGCCGCUACCAGUACUUCCUGCGGGAGGACACUCCAGUAGGAACUAGCUUCCUGCGAGCAGCGGCGCACGAUGACGAUCAAGGGAGCAACGCGGCCAUCACCUACUCCCUGUCCAGUCAGAAGCCAGCGUACCUGCACAUCAACCCCAGUACUGGCUGGAUUUACGUCAACCACCCCAUCUCACAGACGUCCAAGAUCAACCAGCAGAUCGUGGCGUCAGACGGAGGGAACCGCAGCAGCUCUGUGGAGCUGACGGUCAUCAUUACAAAUGUCCACAACCAGCCGCCGCACUGGGAGCAGCCUGAGUACUGGGUCACCGUGCCAGAAAACACUGUACGAGACGCCAAGAUAGUGACCAUCAAGGCGACGUCCCCACUCGGUGACCCCCGGGUGACCUACAACCUGGAGGAGGGUCAGGUGCCGGAGACCAACAUGCCAGUGCGUUUCUACAUCAAGCCAAACCGGGCGGACAGCUCGGCGUCCAUCCUGGUGGCUGAGAAUCUGGACUACGAGACCACACGGUUCUUCACGCUCAGGGUGCGGGUCCAGAACGUGGCCGCCGUGCCGCUUGCGUCAUUCACCACCGUCUAUGUUAACGUGACAGACGUGAACGACAACGUUCCUUUCUUCCUGUCGUCCACCUACGAGGCCACGGUCCCAGAGGGAGCCGAGAUCGGCACGUCGGUGGCUCAGGUGUCGGCCACAGACCUGGACUCUGGUCUGCACGGGAGGAUCCACUACGUGAUCCUGAAGGAUGAGAGUGGGGACUCUCAGUUCUUUGACAUCGACUCGCGCAGCGGCACCAUCGUCACUCGAGCCUCCUUCGACCGCGAGCAGAAAGCCUCCUACCUGAUCGAGGUCCAGUCACAGGACGGCUCCGAAUCAGCCAGACCAGGCCAGCAGGGACAACCUAACACAGACACGGCGUACGUCAGGAUCUUUAUCACCGAUGUCAACGACAACGCCCCGGUGUUUGCCCGGCCAGUGUACGAGGUGAGCGUGGAGGAAGACAAGGAGGUCGGCUUCGUCCUCAUCACCGUCACCGCCAACGACGAGGACGAGGGUGCCAACGCCAAGCUGCGCUACCAGAUCACCUCAGGAAACACGAUGGGCACCUUUGACGUGGAGCCCGAGGUGGGCACCAUCUUCGUGGCUCAGCCGCUCGACUACGAGAUGGAACAGCGCUUCGAGCUGCGGCUGGUGGCCUCCGACGGGAAGUGGGAGAACGAGACGCUGGUGGUGGUUCAGGUGGUCAACCGCAACGACGAGGCGCCCGUCUUCAGCCAGACGGAGUACCACGCCGCCGUGACAGAGGAGCUCACUCAGCUUCCUGUUUUCAUGCUGGAGGUGUCGGCCACAGAUCCAGACCAAGAGGCCGACCAGACUGCCCUGCGUUACUCUCUCCAUGGCCAGGGUGCCGGCGGUGAGUUCACCAUUGAUGAACGCACAGGAAGAAUCUAUGCCCAACGGCGCCUGGACCGUGAAGAGCGCCCAGCCUGGAGAUUCCUCGUCCUCGCCACAGACGAGGGAGGGGCAGGACUCACGGGAUUUGCUGAUGUGCUGUUAGAGGUCCGAGAUGUCAACGACAACGCACCCUUCUUCCCCUGCCCGGCACUGGAAGUGGACGGAUGUUUUGUUGGCCAAGUGCCUGAGAAUUCACCUGCUGACACUUCCGUCAUGGAGAUGCGCGCCAUGGACCUGGACGACCCCAAUGAGGGCAAGAACGCCAUGCUGACCUACAGCAUCAUCAAGAACGUCCGUAAUGAGAUUAACCUCAAUCUGUUCUCCAUCAACGCCAGCACAGGGACCAUCUACACGGUUCUACGUUCCCUGGACCGGGAGGCAGAGGACCGGUAUCUGGUGGUGGUGGAGGCCAGGGAUGGAGGGGGUUUAGCGGGAACAGGGACAGCCACCAUCAUGGUUUCAGAUGUCAACGAUCACCCACCAGUGUUCACUCAGAGGGUCUACACCACUCAGGUGACGGAGGACCUGGAGGUGAACAGCGAGGUUCUUGUAGUUUCUGCCACAGACGGAGAUGAGGGUGAGAACGCUGUGGUAACCUUCAGCAUCGUUGGUGGUGACGAGGACAGGAAGUUCUUUGUGGAGACAGACAAAGUGAACAGACGUGGUGUGAUAAAACUCAAGAAGAAGGUUGACUUUGAAAAGCCCCGUGAGAGGACUUUCAAUCUGACGCUGAAGGCUGAAGACGCUGAUUUCUUCAGCCUGGCCUACUGUCUUGUUCAGGUGGAGGACGCCAAUGACCACGCCCCCGUAUUUUUCCCACAGUUCUACGAGUCACCAGCCAUGUCCGAAGACGUACCUGUGGGGACAAUUGUUGCUCAGGUUACAGCUUCGGAUCUGGACUCGGGCCAAAACGGACGCUUUUCUUACAGUAUUUCAAAAGAGUCGGACCCCUACAGUCAGUUUCUGGUGGACCAGUCCGGUUGGGUGGUCGUGGCUGAUUCUCUGGAUAGGGAGAAAAUCUCUCAGCACAGGAUCAUGGUCCUUGCUACAGAUGCUGGGAGUCCACCAAUGACUGGCUCUGCCAUUGUCAUGGUGACUGUACUUGAUAUUAACGACAACGGGCCGGAGUUCGAGGUCUCCUAUAAACCAGUCGUUUGGGAGAACACGGCGGCUCCCCAGGCGGUUCAAAUGAACGAAACAUCUCUGCUCCUCCAUGCCACCGACCGAGACACCUCCCCCAACGGCGGGCCAUUCUCCAUACGGCUGCUCAUGCUUACCUCAGACGCCACCAACUUCAAUUUGACGGACUUUCGUAAUGGCAGCGCAGCCAUCACCGCCCUCCGGACCUUCGACCGUGAGAGGCAGAAGGAGUACCGCCUCCCGAUUCUUAUGAUUGACAGCGGCUCUCCUCCAAUGAGCUCCACCAGCACGCUGACAGUCGUCAUUGGUGACAGGAAUGACCACCCUCACUCACCAGGACACACUAACUUCAUCGUCUACAGUUAUGAAGGUAUUCUCCCGACGACAGUGCUCGGACGAGUUCAAUCCCCCGACCUUGAUGACUGGAGUGAGAAGGUGUACCGGUUCGAAGGCAAACCAUCCAGGUUGUUCAGUCUGAACCAGAGCUCAGGUCAGCUCACUAUCAAGGAGGGGGCUCCUCCAGGCUCGUACCACCUGCAGGUGCGCGUGUCGGACCACAUCUGGCCCGACGUCACCUCCACGGCUCAGGUGGAAGUCAGAGAACUGCAGCAGGACGCCCUGAAAAACGCCGCCUCCAUUCGCAUGAACAACCUGACGGUGGAGGAGUUUUUCAGCAGUAGUGGAGGUGAGGAGAGUCGAUUCUCACGGCUGAGUCACAUAUUGGCCGAACUCCUGCAGACUUUGCCAGAAAAUGUCCAGAUCUUCUCUGCGGGUGACGCCGGCCAGCGGGGGGAGAGGGCGCUCAACGUGUGGUUUUCUGCUCACGGCUCGCCGUACUACAAGGCGGAGAAGCUGCACGGUUACGUGGCCGCAAACAAAGCCAAGUUGGAGGCCAUGUUGGGUGUGACCAUCUCUCAGGUGGGCGUUGACGAAUGUCCCGACACAGACUGCAGUCAGUCUGGUGGCUGCAGCAGAGAGGUUUCAUUCAGCCAGGCGCCGGUGGCUCUCAGCACAGGAAACACCUCUCUGGUGUCUCUGUCGGCCUCAUCAACAGCACGAUGCGGCUGCCGAGGCCGAGAGGCGAUCCACCUGACCUGCUCCGCCUACCCCACCAACCCCUGCCUCAACGGGGGCACCUGCCAGGAUGGAGCGCUGGGAUACAGGUGUAAAUGUCCUCCCAUGUUCGACGGCCCUGAGUGCCAGCAGACCAAACACAGCUUCGGCGGCCAGGGCUACGCCUGGUUCCCUCCCAUCAUGCCUUGCUUCCAGAGCCUCAUCUCCCUGGAGUUCCUGGCUGAGUCGGCGAAUGGGCUGCUCCUCUACAACGGACCGCUCGGCCCCGCCUACUCGGGGGAGCAGGAGGACUUCAUCGCCGUAGAGUUGAGGAACGGGGUUCCAGCUCUGAGUAUAAACCACGGAUCAGGAACACUGACCUUGCAGCUGCCGCCGAAAUCCACCGUCACUGACCGGCGCUGGCAUCGCCUCGAUAUCAUCAGCGACGGAAAGGCCGUCCAGCUGAUCCUGGACCAGUGUGGCGGGUUGGCGGUGAAUGAGUUGGAGGGUGUCGGAGGGGACGCUCAGGAACUGGACGAGUCAGGCUGCAGAGCUUCAGGAGAGACGCCUGGAAACCAGAGGUAUCUGAAUGUCUUCCAGCCUCUUCAGUUGGGAGGAAUGAAGGAAACAUCCCCUCAUCGACGUUACCGCAGUUUCACCGGCUGCAUCCGCAACCUGGUGGUGGACAGUCAGGUGUACGACCUGGCAUCUCCAGGUGAGAGUGUGGACAGCGCCCCAGGGUGCAGGCUGACUGAUGGGGUGUGUGUGACGGCGGCCGGUCCCUCCUGCGGUGUUCACGCUUCCUGCCUCGCUGAUUGGGGCUCCUUCAGCUGCGAGUGCCACCCAGGAUACACCGGGCACAAGUGUGACAAAGCCGUCCCAGAGUUCUCCUUCGACUCGGGCAGCAUUGUGCGUUAUCAGCUCCGAGGAGGCGGCAGCUCUCGUCGUACAAACGUCCAGCUGCUGCUCCGGACCAGAGCCACCUCGGGCACCUUGCUCUCCGUGAUGUCCCGGGAGGCCAACGAGUAUAUCAUCCUGGAGAUCAUGGAGGGUCACCUCUCCGUCCGUGCCAACCUCGGGGACGGUGCCCACGCUCUGCGCCUCCCCGGCCAGCGGGUGGACAUCGGGCAGUGGGUGCUGGUCAGCCUGAGUCGCCACGACAACUUGUUCACCCUGCGGCUCGAGCAGGGCGGGGGCUCGCGGGAGGUCCAGGCUCGGCUGGGGAGCCGCCGGGAGAUUGUGGUUCACCCGGCCAGCGUGAUGGUCGGCAACAGCCUGAAUGCUGGAGACAGGGCCGACUUUCAGGGCUGUCUGCGGGACGUUCGUUUCAACGCUCAGAUCCUGCCUCUGGACGGGCUGAGCCGGGACUUGGUGACGGUGCUGGAGAGGCGGGGCGUUUCCUCGGGGUGCUCUAGCAACGCCUGCAGCAGCCAACCGUGCAGCAGCCCGCUACGCUGCAUCGACCUGUGGAGGAAACACCAGUGCAAGUGCCCCGGCGGUCAGGUGACGGUGACAGAUGAUUCCGGUCAGCAGCGCUGCGUGCCGUCACCCUGUGGACCCUCCUCCUGCCAUAACAGCGGCAUCUGCCAGGCGCUGUCUCCUGACAGCUACCGGUGCCGGUGUCAGGAGGGGUUCAGGGGUCAGCGCUGUGAGCUGGGGCAGGUCAAAGGUCACCGGCUGGCCGCCCUCAGCCCCAGCUCCAUACUCGCCAUCAGCAUGUGUCUGCUCGUCUUCUUCGCGGUGCUGGUGGCGGUGACAGUGUGGAACCAGAAAGGCAGCCGUAACAAGUUCAGGAAGCGAGGAGUUUACCACAUCCCUGCUGAACAUGAGAGCUGGGAGGACAUCCGAGAAAACAUCCUCAACUACAACGAGGAGGGAGGGGGGGAGCAGGACCAGAACGGAUAUGACAUCACAGAGUUGAAGCGUCCGCUGUGCUCCAGUCUGUCCCAGUCCUCGUCCUGCACCACCGCCCCGCUCAUCAAAUCCUCACCCGGCUCCCAGGAGGAAGUUCACCCGUCCGGCUCCUCCUGCAGCUCAGGUGCUCCCUACCUCAGCAUCCCGCAUCAUCACCACCACCACUAUCAGCACGCCACCACCAACGGCUACACCAGCGACACCACCUACGCUAACUUCACCACUAACGUAGGCAGGGACACGGAGGCGGGCGAUGGUUAUGUGGACGCCCCGUCAGGGUCGCGCUCUCACGUGGACUUUAAAAGCUAUGUGGCACGAAUCAUCUGGGAGGCAGACAACGACGGCGAGGCGCUGCCGCCGGACGCCUACCACGUCUGGUGUGUGGAGGGCUCGGGGUCGUCGGCAGGAAGCCUCAGCUCACUGGGCUCAGCCGCGUCACGUAGAAACAUUGUCACCGCCCCUGGUGACGAGGAGGAGGAGGAGGAGGAAGAAGACGAAGGAGGGUUUGUUUACGACACGCUGUCGCGGUGGGGCCCCAAGUUCCAGGCGCUGAGCGAGAUGUACGACCGGCCCCAGCUGGCGCUCACAUACAGGGACGCAGUGGCAUACAUACAGAGGAGCCACAGCCACGACCCCCUGCCUCAUCACCACUAGGGGGCGCUACACAGAGUUAAUGCAGAGUGGGAGGAGCUAAGUGCUGCGUUCACGUCUAAUUUGAAACCAAAAACAAAAACAGUCUCAGAACAAUAUCACAACAGUAAAUAUGUGUCUGACAUAAAAUAAAUGAUCAUAUUGAUGCUCUUGUUUUAAACAUUUUAUAAUAAUUUAAUCAAUAAUUUGACUUUUAUAAAUAAAAAAAUCACCCAGCCUUAUUAUCAAGGCCAGAUUUACCAGCGAGGGAGCCCUGCAGCACAAAUAUAAUUAAAUAUUGUUGGUGGUCAUUUGUUUAAACAUAUAUUUAUUAAUAAAUAUACAUCAUGGACAUUUUGACAUCUGCAGACAGACAGAAAAGACAGGUCAUAAUGCAGGACACACUUUAAUGCUCUUAUUUUAGCCGAUAUUCUGCUCGUCCUCAAAAAGUAAACUCAAAAUAAACCUUAAAUUACAGUCUGAAUAUGAUCACUUUUUAUUUAUCUCCAAAGUUUGUGCCAUUUGGUAAAGGUCAGUUCUGCAGCUCUCUGUCCACACCGGUCAAAACACAGAGAUAUUUUCUGUUCUUUUGGCUGAUUAAACCUCAGAUUAAAGUUCAGGUUGGGGAGGAGUUACAGCAGCGAGAUAAACACAGUGCAGAAGAAUAGAAUAAAAGGAGGCACAGAGGAGACAUGAGGAGGAGGAACACACAAGACAGAAAAUAGAAAUUAACAUUUUUUCUUGUUCAAACCAAACAAAGAAACACAGAAAGUUGGUGCAAGUCUAAAUUACAAAUUUAAAUUUGUCAACAUUUUGGAAACAUUAGAUUUGUCUGAAACAUCAGGGCUGCAUUCAGCCUCAGCAACAAUUACGGUAUAUUUCAUUUUCCUUUUUUUCACCCUUGCUUUGGCAACGUAAAUGUGUUGUCCACGCAAAUAAAGCCCCUUUAAAUAAACGUUUUGCUGGGGCUGAACGCAGCCUUGUUUUCUGCUUCAACUGGGCCUUAAACUCUGAUUGGCUGCACCAGACCCACCUCACAGCUCUGAGUCCUGAUUGGCUGCUGCUCCUGAUUAGAGGUGAGACCAACAGUUCAACCUGUGAGUCUCAAACAGGAAGCUGCGUUAGAGACGCUGUGAUGUGAGUAAAACAAACACAUUUAAAAAGUGUGAAGCUGAAAAUAUUCUGUCUGCACCAGUUUAGUUUGUUGAAAAAUCAAUUUCUUGACAGAAACAAACUGGUUCACACUCAAAGUUAAGAGUUUCUAAACCUUUUAGAGUUCUCAUCAAUGGUGUUUUUAUUUAUUCAGAAUAUAUUUCACGCAUUUUGGAUGUGAACCAGUUCGUGCAAACACCAAACUCCCUCUGUGGCUGUAACAGUUUGUCUGUUAUAUACUUUACGGCCACAACUAACUAUUAUUUACAUUGUCUAUUAAUCUGCCAAGUAUUUUCUCGAUUAACUGUCUCUUGAAUGUCAGAAAUAUGUGUUAAAGCAGAUUUCAACAGUCCCACAGCCAGCCUUAAAAUGCCGUAUUCAUGUCCUAAAUAUAUUUAUCAUCACACAAGACAAAGAAAAGAGCAAAUCUUUCGGUUGACUGGUUGUCAAAUAAUUUUAGAGUUGCUAAAAUUGAAAAUGUUAAAAUCCUACACACUCUGAAGGCUUUGAAUCUUUGGGCAGAUUGUGUCCGUAGAAUACUUCACUGUCCCCUCUGUGGCUGCAGCAGUAUGUAUGUAGUUUAAUACGCGUAUUAAUUCAUUAUCUAUCAAUCCGCCAAGUGUUUUCUUGAUUCUCUGUCUCUUGAAUGUCAGAAACAAAUGUGAAAUGCAGAUUACAACAGACCCACAAGCCACAGUCCGUCUUAAAAUGUCUCGUUUCUGUAUCCUAAAGAUAUUUAUCAUCAUAUAAGACAACAUAAAGAGCACAUCCUCACAGGUGAGUCGUAUAUUUACUUGAAAAAUUACCUGAAGGAUUUAUGGAGCAACAAAAUAUUUUCCAAAGUCUGUCUUGCCAAAGUCAAACAUGUUAGUAUCCUGCACACAAGUCUCCCUGUUCUGUGUUUCAAAAUGGCCUCAGAACAACAGACGCUACCAGAAAUCAUCCCGUCUGCUCAGCAGCCUCCAGUAAACGUGACGUGAACACAGCAGCUCUGCUCCCAGGUGGAGAUCGAUGGCGGCAGUAAAGCGGUGACACUUUCAGGGCUGCAGCUUCAUCAUGUGAUCCGGAUGUUUCUUCAUGUAGAAAACGAAGAAGUCGGAGGUCUGAGAGUUCAGGCGCUCGACACAACAAAGCACACAGAGAAGUUUUUUGCGUUCGUGUGCCAGCGUCACACAGGAGCAUCUUUAUUUAUUUCUCCUCUUCCUUUAAAGCAGCUCAGCGUGUGCUGUGUUUAUUUAAUUUGUUGGCAGUUUGUGGGUUGCUGGCUUUAUUCUCUUGAAACGAGGACUUUCAGAGUAAAAGGUGACUGUUGUGUUUUUGGAGGCAAAAUACCACCAAACUAAGUCAGGGUGACUGUAAGAAUGAUUCUGGUUCAUUUGUUACCACUAACAACAUCAAGGCCUUGAUGUGAGUCUCACAAAGGGAACUCAAAUUUCUUCUCUAAGGGCAUUUUAAUGUAGCAUUUUAAUCUUUUUAUCUCCGCUCCGACAGUUCCAACUUUGACCCCAGCCACACAAACCAAACCCAACAAACAAAAACUCAUUUUCACAAAGAAAAUCCACCGAAGGACGAACUUUUCUUUCACCUGUAUUCUGUAGAUUCAUCUUUUCAUGUCGCUGCUGUCGAUGUUUCCACACAUUAACCUCCAACAAACAGAAGAACCAGCUUUUAUUUUCUCUUUUCUACCUUCCUGUUGCACUAGUGGAUGAUUCAGAGUCCUCACACAGGACACACGGAUCUGUUUGCCAGUAUAAAAAAAAAUAAAAAUAAAAAAAAGACACCAGGUGAAACACUUUUUAUCCUCUCAGUGUUUCCAACAUGUAAAAUAAGAUUUGAUAGUUUUCAGAUGAGAUUAUUUUUGUACUCCCUUGUAGAAACUUCCCAGAAGCUCCUGUCCACUUGCAGCUGGUUGUGCACCGCGUUCAAGGGAUAGUUCGGAUAUUUUGCUGCAGGGUUGUACGGGGAACACAUCUAUAGUCAGUACAUUACAUACAGAAGAUGUCAGUAGGCACGCCCCGGUUUGGAGAAGCAGGCUAGAGUCUGACAUGGAGGCUAAGCAAACCUGUGGACGGGGGCAGCAGCAGGAUGUGUUUCAGCCACCUAAAAAACUCAUUAUCACUUAAGGGGGCGCUAUAUUGAGGGUAUUUUGAAGCCGUUAUAUCGCUCUCCUCAAAGCCAGACUCCGUUCAGAAAAUCAGUAAUUUAUCAUCACUGAACACAGGAGCUGCUGGUCUACUACUGCCCCAAACAGUUAGCUUGUUUGGGUCCUUGUGUGACUUUGGCACUUUAAAGUUUUAGUUCAGAUUCAUCAGAGUCACCCAAUAACACAAACUAUCUAACUGAUCGAAGCAGUGAUAGAAAAGCAGCUCCUGUUUCCACUGAGCUAAAAUUACUGUUUUUGUCAGUGGAGUCUGGUAACCCUUUGAAAACAGACAUCCUGCGACAGCAGCUGGAGAUCAUUGUUAAAUAGAUCUAAAAUGGAAACCAGAACAGCUAGAACAUUAACUUCUUUAGAAAUUUAAGGCCUCUGUGUUCUGUGUCAUCAUGUUGUACGCUCGUCAUGAUGUCAUUUCGUUACAUACGGGACCAAACGUAUGACGCAGAAAACGCACAGAAAUGAUAAAACUAUCAAAAUGCCUUUGCACUCGUCUCAAAAAAAUAGUCAAAAACCUCAUGGAGUGUUAAGAAAUAUAGUGUUUAUGUUUGUACAUUUAAAAAUCUUUUGGAUCGAUAUGUUUUGUGUUUUUUAUUUUGUAAAAUCUGAUGAAAAAUCACGUCCAAUUUUUUUGACACAAUUUCAAUUAAAACAAAUAAAAGCUUUGUUUCCACUGAGGGAAAUGGUUUCAGCUUACAGAGACAGACAGGAGGUCUGCGUCACCGUGACAUGUGGUUAUAUUUCUGGGGAGGUGCACGUCAGGCUACGGCGUAGGGUACAGUGUCGAUUCAACACAGAAAUAUUCUGCAUAAGUGAGAGAUUAUAUGAGGAACCGAAGCUGUUAACACCUUCCUCACUGGAGCGGGCUGUCUGACGCAACGGUAAAGUGGUGAAAAUAAUAGAAAUAUAGCAUACACUAAAAGUGAUAUUGUUUUUUUUUUUUUUUAGGUGCGACUUAAAUACAUUUUGUUGCUGUCUCCAUCCACAUCAGUACAUUUCUGAACUGUGCUGGACUUUAACCUCCUUCUCCAAACUGGGGGCAUGAACUAUAUGUGACACCCUGACUGUGGAUAAGUACCUCAUACAGCCCCAGUUCAAAUCUGAAUUAUCCCUUUAAUGUGCUGGACGGUGUUACACUGAGUGUUUCUAUUAGUUGGUCAGCUUGUUUGCGGCUCUGUGUUAAGACUGCUGACUGUAGAAGUGAAGCCACUCAGAGGCUCAGAGUCUGUUUGUGUGACGGCGUCCUCGUCACACGGCAGGUGGAGGAGCCACAGACGUGCAGCUAAAUCACAUUAAUGUGAGCUGGAAGGCCAUGAGAGAGAGAGACGAGGUCAACCGGCUUUAAACGCCGCAGAUCAGUGAAGGCCAAAUAUGUGUAGAGAUUUAUUAAUGACAAAACUGUUGAGGAAGCACAAAGCAAGUUUUAAUCAUCUGCAAGUUCAGAUCUGAGAGCACGCGGUCAGAUAGCUGCCCGAGACAGGCCCGGCUAUGUGAGACGAGAUAACUACGGGCCAAUGUGUGGACACAAAAAUCCAAAUUUUGUUAAAGAUGUAUUCACAUUAAAGCAGAAUAUUUAGGCUAUAAUGCUUCUUUGUCCAGCACUGAACUCUUAGGAAGGUUUCUAACUAUUUAAUAAGUUUAACAACCUGUAAUGAUCGUUACUGAUUCACCAGGUUCAAAGUGAAGAACAGAGAUUUUGAAGCAAAUCUGACUGAUUAUAAUUUGUAACUGUAACAGAUGCGUUCCUGUUCGGGUACGAAUAAAGCAACCUGGGCACUGGAUUAUGUGUAAAGUCAAUGUAAAGACACGAUUGGGCGUGAAUUCCCACUGAGUGUUGCAAUAAACACAAUGGAUGCAACGCCAAUGACACGAAAUAGACAAAUGAUGCAAAUUAAGCGAGAAGCAUGACUUUGCGUUAUAUUCGUAGGAGUUAAAUAAAUCUGAACCUCAGUGACCAAUUCGUGCCGCAAUAACCAAUCAGUAUUGAGAUUCUCCGGGGACGUUUGACCCUGAGGACGUACUGGCCGAAGUUCAUUCAUCGAUUCAGUGAUUUCACGACUAGGAAACGAGUCAACACAAAUGUUUUAGUGUAAUGUGACACGAACCUUAACAUCACGUUUGGUGUGAACACAACAUAACACACACACUAACGAUAAUCACCGUAACAGAGUUCAAGAGUCGCUGCGACUCUCUCUGUUGCUCCCAGAUCUAAACUUGCAGAUUAAUUUCAACUUGAAUUAAUUCAGUGUUCACUCAGUCGUCUUCUGUGACUGCACGUCUUUGCCUCAGCUGCAAACUUUUCAUUUCACCUGCGUUAGAGCGUCCAGUUUGAUUCAGUGUUCACGUGUCUCCUGAAGGCGAGAUGAGGACCAAAAAGUCGGUUCAGACCUCCCAGCUGAGCAGCACACACACUUUCCUUCUAGAAGCUUCCCAUAUUAAAGAAAGAAGAUGUGAAGCAGCAGUUUGUUGGGUGGUGUCCACAGUCUUUAAUCUCUGUUCCCAGCCUACCUCUCGGCUACGUAUGUUGUCAUUGCACCGCCUGAUGAAUGUAGUUUUAUAUGUGCGUGUAGUGAGGGAGCGUCCCUGAGCGUGAGCAGGCAGAGAGUACAAUCAGAGAGUUUAAUAUGAUAUUUGAUAAAGUCUUUACGUGCGUAACUCAAUCCUCAGCCGACAACACAAACAGAUCCAGAUGUUUUAAAGGUUUUUGAUUUACACUUCAGGUCGUGAGUGUCUCAAUACGUUCAGGAAGUAAAGAAUAUUUGCCGCUGAGGUUGUGGGAUUGUUGCGCUGAAAAAGAGUUUCCCAGGUUUGUCACUUCACAGUCGAACAGUUUGAUUUCUCUUCUGGUACCUGAAUAAAAAAAGAAUUGUACUCAAAGCUAUGCAUCCAAAUGGAACAACACAGGUGUCUUUUUCUAAACUGAUGUGAAGCUCCAGAUGUUGUGUCUGUACUGUGACACAUCUGUUGAUGUUUGUGUAAAUUCAGUAUUUUUAAAGCAGUUCAGUGUGUGUGUGUGUGUGUGUGUGUGCGCGUGAGCAGUGUUGAUCUGUAUGAUAUGAUGUACAUAUGGACGUUUUAUAGCAGCCUAACAUGGAAUAUUCCUUUUGUAUAUGACUUUUAAUAAAAAUGGCU